AAGUUAACAGACUCAUCAUAUAUAAUAUAUAAUAUGCUGUGAUUGAACAACUGUACAAAGUUAUUUUAUAAUGUUAGUUCAUACUUUUUUUUUUUUACAAAUUGUGUAUUUUUGGGUAUAAACAAAGAGCCAUAGAUACCUGGUGAACGACAAUAAUUUGGUCGUCGUUUCCUCUCAUUUCCCAAAUCAGUUCACGCUCGUGUCAUGUGCUUCUGUUUCUAGGUUCCCCCAACUGACGCAAGUAGAAAAACUUGAAAAUUUGAAACAGAAGCAGAAGAAGGAAACACAGACAGAACUGAGAGUGAGUGAGAGCAGAAGAAGGAACGUAGCAACAAUGGGUCCAGCGGCAAAGACGACGACGAUGCGUUCGAUCUCUCAAGAAGCGUUCGAAGAACUGGUGAAUGAGAACAUCGACGACCUCGGCAUGGACCCCACCGAGGCCCUCCAAGACGCAAUCCAAACCCUCACUCUCCAAGGCGUCGAUCUCUCAGGCAUCGUCACGUGCGUCCCCGGAGAAACCAACCCCGUCAUCGAGUGCUUGGACCGCUUAAGACACCUUGAAACCGAACCGGACCAAAACCUAAUCGCGCAAGCGUUUAACACCCUCCACGAGUUGUGCGCAAAUCCAAAUUCUGAUUCAAAUUCAAAUGUGGCUAUUGCAACCAAAAACGGCGCCGUUGAGCUAGCUUGUUCGCUCUGUUCCAAAAUUUCUCUUGCCGCCGGAUCUCACGUUGUUCCCCUUGUCUCCGCAUUAAACGCGUUGUCGUCGUUGCUUCACGAUGUUCAGAGCACGGGGGCUUUUCAUCGCUGCGACGGGCCGAGGAUUGUGAUGGCUUUUCUGGUUGAUAAUAAGGGAAAUGUGGAGCUUUUGAGCAGUGGAUUUCGAGUUGUGGCUUCGGCGGCCACCGGAGAUGAGAUUGUGAAGGAGGCAUUUAUGGAGUUGAAGGUUGACGAGCUGAUUUUGGAGAUCAUGUCGUUGCAUAGGCACAAGGGGAUCCAGAGUUUGUAUGACGCUGUUUGCGCGCUUUUGAUGCCCGACGACGAUCGAGUUGUGGCUUCUCAGGUGUAUGGUUAUGCACGGAAAUUUGCAAAGAUUGGAAUUGCAGAAGCCCUUGUGGAUUCUCUGAGUGCAGGGGUUAGCUCACAUGACCUGAUUUCAGCAUGCAUCACUUUGAGGGCCGUUGCUGUAAAUGAUGAAAUAUGUAAAUCCAUUGCUGAGAAAGGUGGUAUUGAUGCAUUACUCAGAUGUAUAGAUGACAGUGGUGAACAAGGCGACAAAGCUGUGGCCAAAGUUUGUUGCUCAUUACUUUCAAAGUUAGCAGGAAGUGACGCAAACAAGAGUGCAAUUGUUGGGAAAGGAGGUAUGGAUAAGCUAAUCAAACUUUCAGCCAGAUUUGCUGAUGACCCUUCUGUUUUGCAAGAGAUUAUGUCUAUUAUUUCGGUGCUUUCUUUAAGAUCCCCAGACAAUGCAGCCCGUGCCAUUGAAGCUGGUGCUGGUGACCUUGCUAUUCAAGCCAUGGAGAAAUUUCCUGCGGCACACCAAAUGCAGAGAAACUCCUGUCUUAUGAUCAGAAAUCUUGUAGUGAGAAAUCCAGAGAACAGAACUAUUCUGCUUAAUAAUGGAAUUGAGAAAUACAUAAGGAAAGCAAAGCAAACACAUACCAACUGUAAGGAUGCUGCUACAGAUGCGUUGAGGGAUCUGGGGCUUGAUAAUUACAACUUGUAGUUGAUAAUUUGUUUACCUCUGUAUUGUCUUACAAUGUAAUAAUACCCAUCAAUAUUUUUUUGUUACUGAAGAAAAAAAGUGAGUGUAUGACUACAUAUUUUAAUCGUCUCGUCUCUAUUCUCUACGCGAAUAUUGGAUUUGAGGAAUUCAAUGUACAAACUGAGGUUGAACCUAAUACUAUAUUUUUUUCUUCCUAUCA